UGGCUGAAAGAUCGAAUGCCCUGGUUGAGCUGAAGGAACUCUUACCCAAUCAAUCAUCGAUGUUGGCAUUUUUCUUUAGACCACCCGCAAGAAUGUUUGCAAAUAAUCGUAGGAUUCUUCCCAAUUUCCAUGCAACUUCUCCAAUGCUCUUUGUACCCCAUAUCAAGCCUUCUUGUAAGUAACUUGCAUAUUAAACUUAUCUUUCAACUCGGCCUGCACAGUUAGAACACUCAAAUUUGGUUGGGCACGUACCAAAUGUUUGACGGCCUCAGAUAUCAUGUCGACAUCAAGAUGUCGAUGAUCCGUCGGUUGAGACGUACUGCUACAAGAAUGCACCAACUCGACCUUUCUCACAGUCCAUUCGCCUCCAAUAUCUCGACAUCCAAACCGCACCAUCCAAGGACAAUUUUCAUCCUUGUGCAUCAAGCAUCUAACCUUUCAGAUUGGUGUUUAAUCGUCAUCUGUGCAGCUUGUUUCGAGUGAAAUGUCUGCCCUUUGUAGAAUUCUCUUUCAAAACUAGCAACAAUAGGCAUUGGAAUUACGCCAUAUGAAUCAGCAAGUGAUCAUUCGCCGUCCUCUUCAUUACCCUGCAAGUAAAAAUAUGGAGGAUAAUUAGCAUGCUCUCCUUCCCCCUCUUCCUCCUCCUCCUCCUCCUCUCUGUCAUCACUGUCAUCAUAGUCAUGAUCGGAUAACACGCUCCAUGUAUCAUCUUCUUCCUCUCCACCCCGAUCCUCACUGAGCACAACAUGUAUCUCAACACCCAAACAGUAAGGAUUUUGUGCCAUAAAAUUCCAAAGCACAUUCAAGCUAUCAUCAUCAACAAUAGGCAUCGCAUAAUGAAAUAAAACACAAUUCUGCAAUUUUGGAAGACAGUAAGUGAAACCUGUGAUUACAUCACUAUCUUGUACUGCUUCGUCUCUACGCCGUAUUCUCGGAAUUAGAUUCUCACAAAGUUUGUGAUAUGUGACCCUGGAUGGAACCGUCAACUGAAAACUACUACCACCAACGAAUUUGAUGCCCAAAUUAUCCUCUACUUUCUCCGAUUUCCACCGAACGACUAGUUCAAAUCUUCUAAAAUCACUACAGAAAAACAAACUCACUAAUUAAAACUAAACACAAUCAUAAUAGCAUUUGAAUAAUAUAAUUAAAAAAAUAAACGUGUCUCUUACCUAUUAGCCAUUUUUGCAUCAGCAACCAGAGCUCUCCUCCUCUAUCUUCGUCGAUUUUUUUUUUGUGGCGUGAAUAAUUGAAACGAACUUCGUUGGUUUUAUGGGGGGUAGCCAGCAAUAAGCCAGCGGACCCGCCAUAGUCCUGGGCGCCACCGCCCGGUACAAAUUCCAACCGAUUCACCUCAGCCUCAGGCGGUACCACCUCAGUCUUGGGCGGCGCCGCUGUCACCUUAAACACAUGAUUCAAAAAGACAGAAACAGCGGCAGCGCCUGAGUCUCAGAUGGUCCCGCUGGUUUUUCUCUCCAAAACACAAUGAUUGUGUCAUUACUUUUAAUUCGCCAUAUUGAUGAUAAAUUUAAAAAAAAAAAAAAUUCUAUCAUUGUCUCUACAGAUAUCCCGGAGAAACUAAUUAAUAAUCAAGAGAUCCAAUCGCCGGCCGUAACAAUGUCGACGGCGGAGAAGAAGUUGAUCACACUGAUGAGCAGCGACGACGAGUCUUUCGCGGUGGAGAGGAUGAGCGCACCGUUCAGGCAGUGUGAGGAGCAGGGCGCUGGGUGCUUCGUGGCUAGCCGGGAGGAUUUGGUGGCCUGGCUGGAGCCGAGGGCUUCUCCGGCUGCUGUCACUGCUUGAAGUUUUACACAGUUUGCACAUUUUACCUCUCGAUGCUAUGGUCUUGUUUUUGUAAUGUUAUUAUUGAUACUCACUCAACCCAGUUGAGUUUCUAGGAAUUUUGCUGCAGCCAUUAAUGUCAGGUAAAGCACCAAAGUGAAAACCUAAGUUGCAAGCCAUAGCUCAACUUGACCUGCAAAAUGACUAUCAAGUAUGAAAGCUUGCUUACUUUUCCAUCACAGUAACCCUUAGCCGAUUCAGUCGAAACACGACACUAUGGAACGAGCAAAAAUGCAAAAGAAAAUGCCUGGGAAAUGGCAUGAUGAGGAAAACCUAGCUGCAAAGUCAUAGAGAGCUCAAACUUUACCUGCAAAUAAGCUCCAAAAGUCAUCUCUAUACCAGCCCCCCCAUUUCAAAUUACAGACAGAUUUUUGCCCUACUGAACAACCCCUUCUUCCCAUUGCCUCACAACCCCAAAAGGCAAAAGAAAAGUCUCCCUAUCCUAUAAAGAAGAGCUAAAAGAAAACAAGAAUGGACAUGACCAAAAACAAACAAAACUUUUUUCUCCUCCACCUCCCCCUUCUCCAAACUCUCCCAUCAGUCACCAGAUUCUCUCGUCUCUUUUUGUGUUUUCCCUCCUUUUCUUUCUUGAACCAACAGCUCAUCUAUGUCAUUGGUAACAUAUCAUUCAGCACUUUGGCCCCCGACCCCAUUUAACUGUACAUCACCACCUCCCCCAAAAGAUAAGAAUUCUCUGUGCCCAUGAUAGAUGGACGACCUCGACCUCGACCUCUAGUUGUAAUCUGAUUUCUCAACCAGCUGAGAAUCAAAAAUUGUUCCCUUGAUCUUCACCAAGUUGUAUAUGCAAGGCUGCUGCUGCUGGUUUUUGAGCUGUGACUGUUAAAGGUAUUUUCCUGAUGAUUUCCAGAUUCUUCCUUCGAGGGACACCACCAUGACUGUAACGUCGUCAUGGUAUUUCCGUCGAUCUCCUUGUGGGAUGUCCAGAAGCUCGUGAAAAUCCAUCCCUGCAGAUGAAUGCGGAUCAACUUAACGAAUCAGAAAAUCAAACCGAGGACUAGAACUUGGGAAACAAUAUCAAACAAACCUUAGGAAGGCACAACCUUAAACAAUAGAGUUAUGCAUGACACAACUGCCAAAUGGUGAGAAAGUAAACACGGUUGACAAAAUUAAGCAACCCCGUGAUUGUGGAAGACAGAAAUACCAACAAGAAACCUGUUCACUAUUAGUCUCGGAUGUUUAGCGAAGAUAGAAAUACCAAGAACAUACUCUCAGAGACUUUGAUACACACAUUCUCAAAUCUCAACGAUUCCACCAACAAAAUAGCAGGAAAUUGGCAAUAAACUAUUGCUCUUUGGAGGAUAUCAUAAGUUCUUUGAAUAAAACAAGCUGCAGUAACACUAGUAUGAUGAUAUUUUGUUAAGUAGCAACUAGCAACCAUAAAGCUACUGUCCAUUUGAAACUUACUUCUGAUCAGACUAGACUGUAGCCUGCGACCAGGUUAGGCUACAAUAUUCUCAAGAUGUAUCAAUGACCUUGCACGAACAUGCUUAGAGAGAGAGAGAGAGAGAUAGAGAGAGAGUUGCACAACUUACCCGCUUUCUUGGCUGCACGGGAAAGAAGUUCCUCUAUCAAGCUCUGUGCAGGAUCACCCUCUGGAAACUUCUCCAUGAAAUUUUCAACAAUAGAAACCACUUCCUGAUUUGUGAGAUAUUGAUAUAGGCCAUCGGAUGAUAGAACUAAGAACUGAUCUCUUGGACAGAGAUGAUGGUGACGAAGAGAAGGUAUGCAGGAUAUAUAAGGUGCAGUACCUAUAUACUCAUUACGAAACAUUUCCAACAAUGGAGCAUUCAAUUUUGGCUGCCAAAACAUGAAAACCAUCUGUUAUUAUGGUCUAUAAAUCCAUUGUCUUGUA